CCCCGAUGCGUGAAGCUCCAGUGACUGCCGAGGCUCUGAAACCCGGGCAAAGUUCGCCGCUGCUCGCUUCCUCGCUAAGCACAAAACACCAAGCGCUUCUUGGCAAAUCGUCUCGCUCGUCCCAGCUUACCAGAGAUGCUCCACCGAGCCAGGCGGAGUGGUCGCGGGCCCCUGCUACUGGCCGUGACUGCGGCGUUCUGGGUUACACCUGCGAUUCUUCACCCGCAGUGUCUGGAUUUCAAGCCCCCGUUCCAGCCCCCGAAAGAACUCACUUUCUGUGUGAUGUACAAAAACUUCGGCUGUUGCGAUUCCGAGAAAGACUCGCAGCUGAUGGCCAAAUUCUAUCGCAUCAUGGACAACUUCGACUACUACGGGUACGCCAACUGCGCCGGCUACGUGCAAGACAUCCUUUGUCAAGAAUGCUCUCCUUAUGCUGCCCACUUAUAUGAUGCUGAAGAUACGAGUACAGAACUGAAAGAGUUACCAGGUCUUUGUGGGGACUACUGCUCGGAAUUUUGGCUCAAAUGCAGGACAGCCAUCACACUGCUCUCAGAUGAUAAAAGACUGACAGAAGUUGAACAGGACCAGGAACAGUUCUGCCAGUAUCUACAGCUUGACGAUGUGGAUUACUGCUAUCCCCAUUUAUUGGUGAAUGACAAACUGAGUAAGAAUCUGGGACGAGUAACAUAUGAUUCUGAUGGAUGCCUACAGCUUUGUCUUGAGGAGGUUGCCAAUAGUUUAAGGAAUCCAUUGGCAAUGGUACAUGCCAAUGAUGGAACACACAGAUUUUUUAUUGCUGAGCAAGUUGGUGUUGUGUGGACAUACCUUCCAGAUCGGUCAAGAUUAGAAAAACCCUUUCUAAACAUCAGCAAAGCAGUACUUACGUCACCUUGGGAAGGAGAUGAAAGAGGAUUUCUUGGAUUGGUCUUUCACCCUCAGUUCAAGUUUAAUGGGAAACUUUACGUUUAUUAUUCAGUGGAGGUGGGUUUUGACGAGAGGAUUCGAAUUAGUGAGUUUCGAAUAGAUUCAAAUGACAUGAACACAGUAGACCACAAUUCAGAAAGGAUUAUUUUAGAGAUAGAUGAACCAGCUUCUAAUCAUAAUGGGGGGCAGUUGCUGUUUGCCGACGAUGGAUUUCUAUACAUCUUUACCGGAGAUGGAGGAAUGGCUGGUGAUCCAUUUGGAGAUUUUGGAAACGCUCAGAACAAGUCAGCACUCUUGGGUAAAGUGCUCAGAAUUGAUGUCGACAACAAUAACAAAGGGCCACUCUACAGAAUUCCUCCUGAUAAUCCAUUCAUCCACGACCUGAAAGCUCGACCGGAGGUUUAUGCGUAUGGAGUUCGCAACAUGUGGAGAUGUUCUGUAGAUCGAGGAGACCCGACCACCAAAGAAGGAAAAGGGAGAAUCUUCUGUGGGGAUGUGGGCCAAAAUAAAUAUGAAGAAGUAGACAUCAUUGAAAGUGGGAAAAACUACGGCUGGAGAGCGAAAGAAGGGUUCUCUUGUUAUGACAAGAAGCUGUGUGCAAACAGAUCAUUAGAUGAUGUACUUCCGAUAUAUGCAUAUCCACACAAAAUGGGCAAGUCAGUGACGGGGGGCUACAUCUACAGGGGCUGCGAGUAUCCUAACCUUAAUGGAAUGUAUAUAUUUGGAGACUUUAUGAGUGGGAGGUUAAUGUCUUUGCAAGAAAACAGACAGUCAAGCCAGUGGGACUACCAUGAGAUCUGCAUGGGCAUGGGACAAACAUGCAUGUUCCCUGGACUCAUCAAUAACUAUUAUCAGUACAUCAUUUCUUUUGCUGAAGAUGAGGCAGGGGAAUUGUAUUUCAUGUCAACUGGCAUACCAAGUGCAACUGCACCCUCUGGAGUAGUUUACAAAAUUGUGGACCCAUCACGACGAGCUCCGCCAAGAAAAUGUCACUAUGAUCCUUUGCCGGUUAAACUUAAAAGCAGGCAAAUCCAUUUUCAGCCAAAGGAAAAACUUAUAAUUGAAGUCCAACCUACGAAACGACCAAAGCCUAUUCCAAAGACAACUUCAGCUCCCAAACCAACAACCCCAGAUUGGUUUCAGGAGCUCAUGAAAAUUCUUCGCAAUCAGGAAAACACUUAUGUAGAGCAAACAACAAUGGCUACCACCACAAUGACAACAACGUCCACAACAAGAAGCCCACAAAAAGACGGCCGAGGACGAACCAGGCACGGGCGAAGAAGAAAGGGAAGGCCACGCACUGAAACUCUCCAGGAUGGAGCUUUGCGACUGGCGAAUGAGGAAGGCAGGCGUGACCGUGGGAGAGUGGAAAUCUACAUUAAUAAAGAAUGGGGGACAAUCUGUGAUGACCUGUGGAAUGUGCAGGCUGCGGCUGUCGUCUGCCAUCAACUGGGCUUCCAGUAUGUCGUGAGAGCUUCUAAAAAGGCCGAGUUUGGAGAGGGAAGGCAUUUAAGGAUUUUACUAGAUGAUGUGCAGUGUGAAGGAAAUGAGACGAGCCUUCUUCAGUGUAAGCAUUCUGAAAUUGGGCAUCACAACUGUGGCCAUUACGAGGAUGCAGGAGUUGUCUGUGGAAGCGGGCAGCUUACUGAGACGGAGGAGAUUGGCUUUUAGAUAUGAACAAGUUCUGCAGGGAUAUUUCUCUCAAACAAGACCUUACUGUAUGUGUGCUACAUUUUUGUUUCAAGAUUAUUUUGUUCAGGUACAGAAAAUGAUGCAUUCAAAUCAAAUUUCAUAGCCAACUUGUUCCAAGUGAAAUGAGCAAAAACAAGAGGUUUUUAUUUUGGUCUAGGUUGCCUGUUAUCAGACUACCAAGUUCAUUGUGUAGCCUGUAAUUUGUAAUAGACACUUAUUUCUUUUGCUGAUUUAAAAAAAAGUUUAUUUUAUUGAAUUUAAUGCAACAAAAAAUGUAGUCUGAACAAUUCUGUGCCAACAUGAAGUCAGGAUAAUUCUAUUCUGUUCAGGUAAGGUGGCAUUCAGACAAAUUAAAACUGCUUUGUUACUCCG